AUGAAUUUUUUUUUUUUAAAUUUUUAUUUUUCAUUUUUUUUUUUUUCUAUUUUCUUUUUUUCAAAAAGUUUUAUUUUAAUUUAUUUUUUUUUUUUUUUCUCCUUUUUCUUCAACCUUUUUUCUUCUUUUUCUUCUUUUCUUUAUUUUCUUCUUUUCCUUUCUUCAUUCUUUCUUUUCUUCUUUUCCUUUCUUCAUUCUUUCUUUUUCUCUAUUUCUUUAACAGAAAUUCUUUCUUUCUUCUUUCCUUUCUUCAUUUUUUUUUCUCUAUUUUUUUUUUCUUUGAAAAAUGAUUUUAAAAAUGUUUUUUCUUCUUUUUCUUCUUUUCCUUUCUUCAUUCUUUAUUUUCUUCUUUUCCUUUCUUCAUUCUUUCUUUUUCUCUAUUUUCUUUUUCUCUUUUUUUCUCCUUUUUCUUCAACCUUUUUUCUUCUUUUUCUUAUUUUCUUUAUUUUCUUCUUUUCCUUUCUUCAUUCUUUCUUUUUCUCUAUUUUCUUUUUCUCUUUUUUCCUCCUUUUUCUUUUUUUUUCUUCAUUCUUUUUUCUCCUUUUUCUUCAACCGUUUUUCUUCUGUUUCUAA